AUGAGGAUCUUGGAUACAUGCAUGUGAUUUUCGCAACGACCUGCGUCUCGCUGAUUCGACGAUCAUUUCGAGGUGAAGGCACAGUCGAAGCAACGCAUUCCAUUCAGUAUACCGACGACCAUAGUACUGCUAAGACACUACUUUCCGCAAAGUGUGUCUUGCAUUGUGUAAACACAGAUUAUAGCUAUUGAAUCAUCAACGUAAUCAUCAGUCGCUACUCUAUAAGUUGUAAAUAAACUUCGACAUACUGCGAUUCAGAAAUGACAAGUUGAACGAUCGAUAGUCUUAGUCGCAGAGAAGCCGCGCAAAGAGUUCGACGAGCAAAAGCUGUGAAUUUAACUUUACGCAACGAGUGCAACGUACACGAAGUCUGUGUAUAUAGUGCCAAUAUGACAUAUUUACAAUCAAUUGGAGAAGUAAUUGGCUUCCUGUUAUUGUCGACCUUUUCGAUAUUGGAUGGCAUUAUCAGGUCAUUCAUUCCCAAGAAGUAUAAAAUGAAGAAUAUAGGUGGCGAAAUUGCUCUGGUGACAGGAGGAGGUGGAGGAUUGGGGAGGCUUUUAUCCCUCAGGCUGGCCAACUUAGGCGCCAUCGUAAUUAUUUGGGAUAUAAACGAGACCGGCAUUGAGGAAACUAUUAAACUUAUUCGGGCGGCCGGAGGUACGUGUUAUGGCUACGUUUGCGACUUGUGCGAUCGGACAGAUAUUUAUAAAAAGGCCAAAAUUAUCAGGAAAGAGAUCGGCAAGGUAACGGUUCUUAUCAAUAAUGCGGGCAUUGUUACGGGAAUGAAAUUUCUGGAUACUCCGGACGAACUUAUUAUCAGGACGAUGGACGUUAAUAUCAUGAGCCACUUUUGGACUGUAAAAGCUUUUCUUCCAACGAUGCUGGAAAGCAAUAAAGGACAUAUCGUGAGCGUGGCCAGUUUAGCCGGUCAAUGCGGGAUUCCAAAAUUGAUAGACUAUUGUGCAUCCAAAUUUGCGGCAAUGGGAUUUGAUGAAGCUCUUCGAAUGGAACUUGAGUAUGAAGGAUACAAUAUCAACACAACAGUUGUAUGUCCUUAUUUUAUCCGUAGUACUGGCAUGUUCGAUGAUGUUCAAUCAAGAUACAUCCCGACUCUAAGUCCAAAUGCUGUAGCCGAUAGAAUAAUAAUGGCGAUGAGGUGUAACGAAAAGUAUGCCAUCAUUCCAGGUUACUUACAAAUUUUGCUUACUUUAAAGUGGAUAUUUCCAUGGCCAUGUGUCGCGAUGUUUCUUCGUGGAUUAGUAAGAGACGUUUCGCCAAGCCAUGAAAAUAAUAAAUCAUGUGUAGUUGCGACUACAACUAUCGCGGAAAAGGAAUGUAUCGUACCAUCAUCAAAGGAUCAAAACGUUGCUGCCAUCCAUCAACAAUUAGCUAGACGUAUCUCUAGCCCCGAAAGAAAACCUUGAACUUUUCUUACUCCGUCUCGGUUUUAAUAUCUAGAAUGUUAAAAUUUUGUUAAAAGGUUAGAGUUUUCUCUCUUCCUAUUGUGUCUUUACCU